UUUUUUUUCAUUUUCUCCCCUCGAGGCUCUUUUGUAAACCUCCCCCCCCCCUUUAUGUUCGCCCAGCCCUCCACCCGCUUCUGAGUAGUGGGGGAGGGUUUAGGCCUCCAGGUUCCCGCCCCACCGGGGCCCGGGCGAACAUGGGGGGCAAGCAGAGCACGGCGGCCCGCUCUCGGGGCCCCUUCCCGGGGGUCUCUACCGAUGACAGCGCCGUGCCCCCGCCGGGAGGAGCGCCCCACUUUGGGCACUACCGGACGGGCGGCGGAGCUAUGGGGCUGCGCAGCCGCUCGGUCAGCUCGGUGGCGGGCAUGGGCAUGGACCCCAGCACGGCCGGAGGGGUGCCCUUUGGCCUCUACACCCCCGCCUCCCGCGGGACCGGCGACUCGGAGAGGGCGCCGGGCGGCGGAGGGUCCACGUCGGACUCCACCUAUGCUCACGGCAAUGGUUACCAGGAGACCGGCGGCGGUCACCAUAGAGACGGGAUGCUGUACCUGGGCUCCCGAGCCUCGCUGGCGGAUGCUCUACCUCUGCACAUCGCACCCAGGUGGUUCAGCUCGCACAGUGGUUUCAAGUGCCCCAUUUGCUCCAAGUCUGUGGCUUCUGAUGAGAUGGAAAUGCACUUUAUAAUGUGUCUGAGCAAACCUCGCCUCUCCUACAAUGACGACGUGCUGACUAAAGAUGCGGGGGAGUGUGUGAUCUGCCUGGAGGAGCUGCUUCAGGGGGACACGAUAGCCAGGCUGCCUUGCCUGUGCAUCUAUCACAAAAGCUGCAUAGACUCCUGGUUUGAAGUGAACAGAUCUUGUCCAGAGCACCCUGCUGACUGACCCUGCUGGGCUGGCUUGCUGACUCCUCUCAAAGCCUGCCCUCGGGGACACGCUGUGCUGCUGCCGCCGCCGUGAGAUGCAGCAGCAGUUCCCGGCCGGAUGGAGCACGACUGACUUCUUCCGACCCACACAGGGACAGACAGCCCUGGUCCUGGGAGGAGGCUCCUCGGACACUGGACAGAGCUGAGCUUGGGACACCAGAGGGAACAGGGCACCCCUUCUGCACUGACUUCCAGAACAUGGUCCUCCCUCCUCCCUGAGGACAACCAACUGAUUGAGAGCGAGUCUGAGAGAAGAAUGAAUUGACCUCUAUCCUUCCCCUCACCUUCAACCCAAGAGGGAAAGGGCAUUUUCUUUUUCACCUUUGAAAGGCGUUGUGGGUCUGUCUUUAAAGUGUUUACAACAACAAAAAAAAUUAUAUAAAAAAAAGUCUAGUGUC